AUGGACGACCCCGUGCAUAUCACGAGUCUACGUGAACACCCGAGGCGGGCGGUGAUCCGGAGAGGAUGGACCGUAACUAAACUUAGGCGAUCUAAGCAGAAUGUUGAAGACUUGGGCAAAACUUGUGAAGUGAAAUGGAAGACAGGGGAGACUCCUAUGCUGAUCAUUCUAACGACGAAAUCCAACUUGCUUAUCUACGAUCUCACACCACUUACGCCGUCCUCAAGUACCGUUUACAGCUUACCCCCCAAUCUCUCCAACUCAUUCCUGCUCACUGGGCCAGCAGAGAGGGUACCGUUCCCCAAGCUUGUCUUGCGUUAUCUGGGUGAAUUCUUGCGCCGAACUGAGGAUGAACAUAUCAGUUGUGUCGAUUCGCCCAAGUCACCUUUUAGACAUGCGACCGAUCAACAAUCAUAUCAAUCGCAACCAUCUAGUACCAGCUAUCUUGGUAACUUGGAUUGGCUUGUCAAUCGCUCAGUCACUGUGGUCUCGAUCACUUAUUCUGGUCCAUUGAGCCUCUACAUCUUCGUGACAUCCGAUGGCCGUGCAUAUCUUGUUCAUCGUGUUCACUCUCCUCCGACACCAGGCUGUAUAGCAGUCGAACCCAUUCAUUGGGUCGGACGCUGUUUUCAUUCGUUGAAUAAAGACCACUCCCAAUUUGAUUCCUCACUUCAUUCGACGCCUCCUAACCUCGAUGAUACCCACACACUAAACCUACCGAAACAAGCGACAGACAAUAAGGGUAUCGACAGUCCGGCAACUGGCGCAUGCGCAAUCAAUGUAAGGUUCAGCUUGGUAGCUCUUGCGCUUGAUCGUGGUGUAGUUGCGGUCUACGCUUUGGGCUACUUUACCUCAUCUACGACCUAUUCACAUACACUCAAUCUGGCUACAAGCCUCAACAACCUAUGUAGAUCUGAUACCGGUCCGGUCAAUAUGUGCUCCUGGACAUCAGAUGGGCACGCCCUCGCUGUUUCAUGGAGUAACGGCUUUUCAGUUUGGUCAGUGUUUGGGCGUCUACAAGCUUGGGGAAACGGCCUACCAACCGACGAAGAAGGCGAUACAGUACGUGAUAACAAAUGGCAGGAUGUCUUCAUGGGCUCAGGAACUAGUUUGUUUUGGGGACCGGGUAAUUUCGAACUCUUCCUACUGACAAAGCCUCACUCAGGCACCACUAAAUGGACCUGCGAUGAACAACUGUUUGUUUUACCGUUUGCCAAGAGUGCAGUUACGACUCUACAUUCUCCUGACAACACUAAACAUGCCUUCCUUCAAUUGGAUGACCGAGUUUUAGCCUACCGUGGCGCCGACUCACCUGAUAUGUCGGUGAUCAAUCCCGAAUCAGAUGUAUGGCAGCAUAUCAAGAUUCCGUCAGAUUACAUUAGCACAAACUGGCCUAUUGAAAUGAGUUGCAUUUCAGAUGAUGGUAAACUAGUUGCUGUGGCAGGCAGAAAAGGUCUCACUCAUUUUAAUUCAGUUUCGGGUAGAUGGAAGUUAUUCGAGAGAGAAGAAGAAGAGCAAGCUUUUUGCGUGUCGGGCGGAAUGCAAUGGAUUGGAAAUGUCCUGGUGUUUGGAUGUAAUGAAGGUGGAUUGUAUUCGAUCAGACUGUUUUCACGUGACAAUCCAUUGAGCAUGUCUUACUGUCUAUGUGACCAUGCGCUUCCUGCACCGAUCGUCUUGCUCUCGAUAUAUGAUACCUCCUUACUAGUCUACACCGGUGAUAAUACCUUACAUCAUUUUUUAAUCGCAGGUGGUAGUUUGACACCUUGUGGAAGUAUUGGUUUUGAGGGUGUUGUGGGUACACCGUCCAGAUCGAUUCAUUUGGUAGAGACGAGUGAACAAAAAGGAUCAGAAAGAGUGCUACCAUUAGUAGUAGAAUUCUUAGAUCAUUUUCAAGAAGCGCUUCAAGUAGUAGUAGGAUGUGCAAGGAAAACGGAUGUGAAACAGUGGGGUUAUUUAUUUAGUGUGGUAGGAAAGCCUAGAAAUCUGUUUGAGAAAUCACUUGAACAAGGUCUUUUGAAGAUUGCAGCUUCGUAUUUAUUAGUACUACAUAAUCUGGAUCCAUUAGAACAGAGUAGUAGAGAUACAAUUAGGUUAUAUAAGGCUGCUAUGGCUGCGAAGGAUUGGGCAUUAUGCAAAGAACUCUUACGAUUCUUAUUCUCAUUAGAUCGUACAGGAUUGAUUAUGAAAACAGCUUUAGAUGAAUCAAAAUCAGGAAAAGAGGAUUUGUUAAUGAAAACACCACCGAGUUUAAUUGAUGGUAGUAGCAAGCUUGUGAAUGCUAUUGAUGGGAUUGAUCUAGAAGAUAAUGGCAUGGGAUUUGCUUCUCCACCUCGUCCUACUCAUUUACAUGGAUAUUAUCCUUCUGUUGAUCAAAAGAAGGUUUGA